CGGUUGUUGUUCAGCGGCGGCGGCGGCGGCCGCAGUUUGGCUAGCAGCUCCCGGCCGCCCGCCUCGGCCCGCGCGCACGGCCAUGGAGCUGGAGGUGCCGGACGAGGCGGAGAGCGCCGAGGCGGGGGCCGUGACCUCGGAGGCGGCGUGGGCCGCAGAGACCGGCGCGGCAGCAGAUCUAACUCAGAAGAAGAUGGCCCCAUCUGAGGCCCCGUCUAUGGCUGGACAGCUGGGCCCAGGCCAUGGAAAGAAGCUGGGCCAUCGGGGCGUGGAUGCAUCUGGAGAAACUACAUACAAGAAGACCACCUCCUCCACGCUGAAGGGAGCCAUUCAACUGGGCAUCGGCUACACGGUGGGCAACCUGAGCUCGAAGCCGGAACGGGAUGUGCUCAUGCAGGACUUCUAUGUGGUGGAGAGUAUCUUCUUCCCCAGCGAAGGCAGCAACCUCACCCCUGCCCACCACUUCCAGGACUUCAGGUUCAAGACCUAUGCACCCGUCGCCUUCCGCUACUUCCGGGAGCUCUUCGGGAUCCGGCCGGACGACUACUUGUACUCCCUGUGCAAUGAGCCGCUGAUCGAACUCUCCAACCCGGGUGCCAGCGGCUCCCUCUUCUACGUCACCAGCGAUGACGAGUUCAUCAUCAAGACGGUCAUGCACAAGGAGGCGGAGUUCCUGCAGAAGCUGCUUCCCGGUUACUACAUGAACCUCAACCAGAACCCCAGGACCCUGCUGCCCAAGUUCUACGGGCUGUACUGCGUGCAGUCCGGAGGUAAGAACAUCCGCGUGGUGGUGAUGAACAACAUCCUGCCGCGUGUCGUGAAGAUGCACCUCAAGUUUGACCUCAAGGGCUCCACGUACAAGCGGCGGGCCAGCAAGAAGGAGAAGGAGAAGACCAUCCCCACCUACAAGGACCUGGACUUCAUCCAGGACAUGCCUGAAGGCCUCAUGCUCGACGCGGACACCUUCUCCGCGCUCGUCAAGACACUGCAGCGCGACUGCCUGGUGCUUGAGAGCUUCAAGAUCAUGGACUACAGCCUCUUGCUGGGUGUGCACAACAUGGAUCUGCAGGAGCGUGAACGCCAGGCCGAGGGCGCCCAGAGCACCACCGACGAGAAGCGGCCAGUGGGCCAGAAGGCGCUCUAUUCCACAGCCAUGGAGUCCAUCCAGGGCGGUGCCACUCGUGGCGAGGCCAUUGAGACGGAUGACACGAUGGGCGGGAUCCCGGCCGUGAACGGCCGCGGGGAGCGUCUGCUGCUACACAUCGGAAUCAUUGACAUCCUGCAGUCCUACAGGUUCAUCAAGAAGCUAGAACACACCUGGAAGGCUCUUGUACAUGAUGGGGACACAGUUUCUGUCCACCGUCCCAGUUUCUAUGCUGAGCGUUUCUUCAAGUUCAUGAGCAACACGGUCUUCCGGAAGACCUCCUCUCUGAAGUCCUCACCGUCCAAAAAGGGCCGAGGGGCCCUGCUGGCUGUCAAGCCCCUGGGCCCCACGGCCGCCUUCUCAGCCAGCCAGAUCCCCAGCGAGCGGGAGGAUGCGCAGUACGACCUGCGCGGGGCCCGCAGCUACCCCACGCUUGAGGACGAAGGCCGGCCCGACCUGCUGCCCUGCACACCACCCUCCUUCGAAGAAGCCACCACCGCCUCCAUCGCCACCACCCUUUCGUCCACCUCCCUGUCCAUUCCUGAGCGGUCGCCAUCAGAGACGUCAGAGCAGCCACGGUACAGGCGUCGCACUCAGUCCGCCGGACAGGAUGGCCGGCCCCAGGAGGAGGUCCCUGUGGACGAGGACCUGCAGCAGAUCACAGUGCAGGUGGAGCCCACGUGCAGCGUGGAGAUUGUAGUCCCCAAGGUGGUGGAUGCAGGGGGGGAGGCUCCCUCUGCCUGCGCCUCAGCUGCUGCGGAAGUGGAGACCACCAGCCAGGCCUCAGAGCCUGCUAGCCAGGCCUCGGAUGAGGACGACGCCCCAGCCACCGACAUCUACUUUUUCACGGACGGGAGGUACUGGAUGUACUCAGCCCGCCAUCGCCGCCUGCGGGCCGUGACGCCGAGCUCCUCGGGGACUGUAAGUGACCGCUGCCGGCCCCCCGGGGACAAGGGUCCCUGGUCUUGGCCUUCGGUGUACUGCCUGGCGGUCCCUGGUCUUUGA